CCAACCCCAACCCCUCCACCAGCUGCCCUUGGUUAAAAAAUGGCUGUCUUCACCAUCACCCUCGGAAAAGUCUCCUCUCUCUCUAAACCCCUCUCUUUUUUCUCUCUCUAGAUUCCCCUUUUCUCCAUUUCUUUGCUCCCCUUUCUAUAUAUCUUUUGGGCUCUCCUUCUUGGUCCCUCCAAUGGCGCCGAGUCUCAGGGACCUUCAGCUUACGGCUGUCUCCGCCGGCGGCCGCAGGCUGCCAGAGAUCGCCGAAGAUGCCGACGACCUCGAGGAAGUGCGUCUGCUUGACGCGUAUGAGCGAGAAGAGGAUGGCGUUUCUGGAGGGGUGGAGCAAGGUGUGAGGAGAAUUCAAGUCCGAGUCACAGGGAUGACCUGCGCGGCUUGUUCCAAUUCGGUGGAAGGAGCUUUGAAGGCCGUUAAAGGAGUCUUAAGGGCGUCAGUUGCCUUGCUUCAGAACAAGGCUGAUGUUGUUUUUGAUCCCAAGUUGGUGAAGGAUGAAGAUAUUAAGAAUGCUAUAGAGGAUGCUGGCUUUGAUGCAGAGAUUUUACCUGAACCUAGUAAGGCAAGCGGAACUCUGUUGGGACAGUUCACCAUAGGAGGCAUGACAUGUGCUGCUUGUGUGAACUCUGUUGAAGGUAUUUUGGGAAAGCUCCCUGGUGUCAAAAGGGCUGUAGUUGCCUUGGCUACUUCAUUAGGUCAAGUUGAGUAUGAUCCUACUGUUAUUAGUAAGGAUGGCAUAAUAAAUGCAAUAGAGGAUGCUGGUUUUGAAGCUGCACUUGUGCAGAGUGGUGAGCAGGAUAAAAUCAUACUAAGCGUUGCUGGCAUAUUAAGCGAGAUGGAUAUUCUAUUUUUAGAAGACAUAGUUAACAACCUAAAAGGAGUGAAACAAUAUUUAUUUGACAGGAUUUCAAGAGAACUAGAAGUUGUUUUCGAUCCUGAAGUUAUUAGUUCCAGAUCUUUAGUAGAUGGAAUUGAAGGUGGGAGCAAUGGAAAGUUCAAAUUACAUGUCAGGAGUCCUUAUGCAAGAAUGACUUCAAAAGAUGUGGAAGAAUCAUCAAACAUGUUUCGGCUUUUCACCUCCAGUCUGGUUCUCAGUAUUCCUAUCUUUUUCAUACGGGUAGUUUGCCCUCAUAUACCUAUGGUGUACUCCUUAUUGCUGUGGCGAUGCGGACCAUUCCUUAUGGGUGAUUGGUUGAAGUGGGCAUUGGCGAGUCUUGUUCAGUUUGUUGUUGGGAGGCGUUUCUAUGUUGCAGCUGGUAGGGCUCUUCAGAAUGGUUCAACCAACAUGGAUGUGUUGGUUGCUUUGGGGACUUCAGCCUCUUACUUCUACUCUGUCGGCGCACUUCUGUAUGGUGCUGUGACCGGUUUUUGGUCCCCGACAUACUUUGAAACAAGUGCCAUGCUGAUAACCUUUGUACUUUUGGGGAAAUAUUUGGAAACUGUUGCCAAGGGCAAGACAUCAGAUGCUAUAAAGAAGUUGGUGGAACUUGCUCCGUCAACUGCAUUGUUGCUUGUUAAAGAUAAGAGUGGAAGGUGUAUAGGAGAAAGGGAAAUAGAUGCUUUGCUAAUUCAGCCUGGUGAUGUCUUAAAAGUCCUUCCUGGUACAAAGAUUCCAGCAGAUGGUGUGGUUGUAUGGGGUUCAAGUUAUGUCAAUGAAAGUAUGGUAACUGGUGAAUCUGCACCUGUUUUGAAUGAGAUUAAUUCUUCAGUUAUUGGUGGUACAAUAAAUUUACAUGGUUCCCUUAAUGUACAAGCCACAAAAGUAGGGUCUAACACAGUUUUAAGCCAGAUAAUCUGUCUGGUUGAGACAGCUCAGAUGUCUAAAGCUCCUAUCCAGAAGUUUGCUGAUUUUGUUGCAAGCAUAUUUGUCCCUACAGUUGUUAUUAUCGCGUUGUUAACGUUAUUGGCUUGGUAUAUUUCUGGAGUUCUUGGAGCUUACCCAGAAACCUGGUUACCAGAAAAUGGCAAUUAUUUUGUUUUUGCCCUCAUGUUUUCAAUAUCAGUUGUGGUGAUUGCAUGCCCCUGUGCACUUGGCUUGGCUACACCUACUGCUGUAAUGGUUGCAACAGGGGUGGGAGCGAAUAAUGGAGUGCUUAUAAAAGGCGGGGAUGCUUUGGAAAGGGCUCAGAAGAUUAGUUAUGUAAUAUUCGAUAAAACAGGGACCUUAACCAAGGGAAAUGCUACAGUUACAACUGCUAAAGUUUUCACUGGAAUGGAUCGGGGAGAAUUCCUGACUUUGGUAGCUUCUGCAGAGGCUAGCAGUGAACACCCACUGGCCAAAGCUAUACUGGAAUAUGCUCACCAUUUCCAUUUCUUUGAUGCAACUUCUGCAACCAAGGAUGCUGAACAUCACAACAAAGAGUCUAAAUUUUCUGGAUGGCUUCUUGACGUCUCUGAGUUCUCUGCUCUGCCUGGAAGAGGCAUCCUGUGCUUUGUUGCAGGGAAACAAGUCUUGGUUGGUAAUCGGAAGCUGAUGACUGAAAAUGGGAUCAACAUUCCAAACAAUGUAGAAAAAUUUGUUGUAGAAUUGGAAGAAAAUGCAAAUACGGGCAUACUUGUUGCGCAUGAUGGUAACCUAGUUGGUGUUUUGGGGGUAACAGAUCCAUUAAAGAGGGAAGCAGCCGUCGUUAUAGAAGGCCUUGGGAAAAUGGGUGUCACACCAGUCAUGGUUACAGGAGAUAACUGGAGGACAGCUCGGGCUGUUGGUAAGGAGGUUGGCAUUCAAGAUGUGAGGGCAGAGGUAAUGCCUGCGGGAAAAGCCGAUGUCAUCCGUUCAUUUCAGAGAACUGGAAAUGUAGUUGCAAUGGUGGGAGAUGGCAUCAAUGACUCCCCUGCCCUAGCUGCCGCAGAUGUGGGUAUGGCAAUUGGGGCAGGGACAGAUAUUGCCAUAGAAGCUGCCGAUUAUGUGCUGAUGAGGAAUAACUUGGAAGAUGUGAUCACAGCCAUUGACCUAUCAAGGAGAACUUUUUCUCGAAUCCGAUGGAAUUAUGUUUUUGCCAUGGCUUACAAUGUGAUUGCAAUCCCUGUUGCUGCUGGAGUUUUCUUUCCUUGGACAGGGAUUAAGCUGCCACCUUGGGCUGCCGGUUCAUGCAUGGCUCUGUCAUCCGUAAGUGUUGUGUGCUCCUCUUUGCUGCUUAGAAGAUAUAAGAAGCCUAGGCUUACCUCUAUACUAGAAAUUACUGUAGAGUAGGAACAAAGAAAGGGGGGAAAAUGGAUAGGUUUCAACUUUAGGAAUCUAGUAUGGCAUAAAAUGGGUGUGUAUGAUCUUCCAAUUUUGUGUGUGCUUUGUUUUGUUUUGUUUUGUUUUGGAUUUUUAUUCUUUCUGGGUCUUCUGUUUUUCUCCCGUUUAAUACCCAUUCAAUGUAAAUGUCAAUUGUAUCAAAUGAUAGCCAUUUUUCUUUAUUUAAUAUUUAGCUUUCAUACAGCGGUGCUCUUAAUGUAUAUAACAAGUUAAUGACUACUUUUUUCUUUA